GUUCUCACAGCUCUUGUUUUCACCUGGCCGCCGUGCAAAGAAAAAGAAAAAUUACCUGAGGGGGAGAAUAUAUGGAAAGACGCUGGCAGUUGGCAGACGCCAUCGCCAUGGAACCCAUAGACAUAGUGCGCCUGGAGGAGGCCGUUGUGGCCUUCUACCGCUCCAACUCGCAGGACCAGGCGAUCACCCACGAGUGGCUCACGGAAGCUGAGGCCAGUCCGCAGGCAUGGCAAUUUUCCUGGCAGCUGAUGCAGCUGGGAAAGAGCCAGGAGGUUCAGUUCUUUGGCGCCAUUACCCUGCACUCGAAGCUGAUGAAGCACUGGAACGAGGUGCCGCCAGAGAACCGCGAGGAGCUGAAGCAGAAGAUCCUCGAGACGAUCGUGCGGUUUGCCGGCGGUCCGAAGAUCGUCCUCAACAGACUGUGCAUCUCCCUCGGUGCCUACAUCGUCCAUAUGCUGGACGAGUGGCCCUGUGCCAUCGAGGAGGUGAUCAACACGUUCCAGAACCAGCACAUCCCUAAUAUCAGUCCCGAUGUGCAGCUGUGGAUCAUGCUGGAGGUGCUGCAGGCCAUUCCGGAGGAGGCUCAGAUUAUUCAUACCUCUGUGAAGCGAGUAACGUUGCGCACAGAGAUCGGUAAACGGGUUCCGAUCGUCCUCCAGACCGCCGAGGAGUAUCUGAAGAUGAAAAUGAACCGCCAGUGGGACGCGGAGACCUACAGCAACAUGAACAGAGCCGUUAAGUGCGUCGGCACAUGGAUUAAAAACAUUGGGUAUUCUAUUGAGGGAUGCGUGAGCAUCACAGCCGUCCUGCUGGAGGUGGUGCACAAGUGCUACUGGCCCUGCAUUCGUGCCGGUGACGGCUGUAUGUCCGCUGACGAGAACGAGCUGGCCGAGUCCUGUCUAAAGACAAUGGUGAACAUCAUCAUUCAGCCUGACUGCCACAACUACCCGAAGACGGCGUUCGUGCUUAUUAAGAUGUUCCUCGACUCCCUCACCGACAUCACGAAAAUGGAGUGGAAGCGCGACAAUGACAAUGAGGACAUUAUCGUGCACAUUUACAUGCUGUUCGUGUCCUCGGUGGAACGGCACUCGUCGCUGCUACUCAGCGGGAUCACGUCGAACGAUCCGGAGCUAUCCGUGCUGGUACACCGCAUCGUCCAAGAGAUUCUGCACUGCACCGACAAGCCGGGCAUCUAUCCCGUAGAGGAGUCGUGCAGCACCAUGGCCCUGGCCUUCUGGUACAUGCUGCAGGACGAGGUCUUCGCCAUGCCCGUCGAAGAGCAGAAGCUAAAGUGCUGGGAGUACAUAAAGCCAUUGUACGCCCACCUCACCAGCAUUUUGGUGCGAAAGUCUGAGCAGCCGGAUGAGAGGUCCCUCGACAAGUGGAACUCGGACGAUUUGGAGUGUUUCCGAUGCUACAGGCAGGACAUAUCUGAUACAUUUAUGUACUGCUACGAUGUACUUCACGACUAUAUCCUGGAGAUCCUGGCCGCCAUGCUGGACGAGGCUAUUGACGACUUGCAACGGCAUCCGACGCACUGGACAAAGCUGGAGGCAUGCAUCUACUCCUUCCAAUCGGUGGCCGAGCACUUUGGCGGCGAGGAGUCGCGUCAGAUACCGAGGCUAAUGCGAGUGCUGGCCGAGAUUCCGUACGAAAAGCUCAACGUGAAGCUUCUGGGCACCGCACUGGAGACGGUUGGUUCCUAUUGCAACUGGCUGAUGGAGAACCCCACAUACAUCCCGUCAGCCAUCAAUUUGCUGGUGCGCGGGCUGAACUCUUCGAUGUCGGCCCAGGCCACACUGGGCCUCAAGGAGCUAUGUCGCGAUUGUCAGAUGCAGAUGAAGCCGUACGCCGAGCCACUGCUCAACGCUUGCCACGCCUCCCUGAACACGGGACGCAUGAAGAACUCGGACUCGGUCCGGUUGAUGUUCAGCAUCGGGAAGCUGAUGAGCCUGCUGCCGCCCGAGGAUAUACCUAGGUACUUGGACAUAAUUGUCAGUCCGUGCUUCGAGGAGUUGCAGGCCAUUUGCCAAGAGGAGACGAAAACUCCUUCGGCUCGGAUUCGCACCAUUUUCCGGCUUAACAUGAUCUCGACCCUCUUCUCGUCCCUCAACACGGAUGUGGAUGAUGAUCAGACCAAGGAGCAGCCGACCGUCCAGCCCGUCCUGCUGGUCAUGCAGCGUACGAUGCCCAUCUUCAGGAGAAUAGCCGAAAUGUGGGUGGAGGAGAUUGAUGUGCUGGAAGCAGCAUGCAGCGCCAUGAAGCACGCGAUUAUGAAUUUAAGAAGCAGCUUUCAACCGAUGCUGCAGGACCUUUGUCUUUUCAUUGUGGCCAGCUUUCAGACACGCUGCUGUGCACCCACCCUGGAGAUUUCCAAGACGGCUAUCGUGAUGUUCUACAAGGACGAGGGCUGCAAGCCGUUAAUGCAACAGCUGUUGAGGGAGUUCAUCCACCACAGCUUUAAGCUCUUUGAGAACACUCCGGAGCAGAACUUCUCAAACAUUUCGGACACCAUGGAGACCUUCUUUUGCUGUCUCUCGCAGAUCGUGAAGAAGAUUCCGCAGACCUUGGAGGACAAGACACUGGCCUACGAUCGGCUAGUCUUCUACGCUCAGCGUGGCAUGACGCUGCCGGAAAAUGGAGCCAUCCGGAACAGCAUCCUGUUCCUCACGCACUUUGUAAUGCAAUCGCGCAACCAUGCCCAUAUCACCGAGGUCGUCCUGGCCACGGGCGAACAGACCCUCUACACAGCCAUGAUGUGUGUAGGCUAUCUGACGCCACGAUCGCAGGUGGACAAAUUUGCCGACAUCCUUUUGGCCUUGAACAAAAAGUAUCCUGCGGAAAUGGCCGUCUGGAUGAAGACCCUGAUGGCGACACCCAAUUUCCCCACCCAGCUUAUUACGGAUGCGGAGAAAGCGCGAUACACAGCUCUAAUAGUCAAGGAAAAGGUCAAUAAGCGUCUGCUGCAGCAACAUCUAAAUGAGAUGGCAAUCAAGACGCGAGGACUCGCCGAGAAGUUCCAGUGAACUGAGAAACACGACAAGUGGCCAACUUCACAGCAUCUGUAUCCAUCUGGGUUCUGCUAUCGUUUCUCCAAUUGUAUUUAGUUUUGUAAUUAGGCAGCUUUGUAAAUGUUCUAAAGAUAAGUUUAGGUUUAAUCAUUUCCCCCUCUGUCUCUCUAUAUGUGUGUGUAAUGGGAAAAACUCGCUUAGCUCUCGACAUGAUAAACUUUUAUUUAUAAUUUUACAAAAUUACAUGCUUCAUUUACAAUUUUCACAUA